CCCUAGUAGAAUCCGAUACUAUUGAAAAAGGGGCAGUGGAAUUUCUCAGCCUAUACUCCUCGCCUGCUGCUGACUGACUGACCAUUUCUUCCCCGAAGAAGAAGAAGAAGAAAAAGAUGCCGUUGAGUGCAACAAUGGUGGGAGCCCUUUUGGGAUUGGGUACCCAGAUGUACUCUAAUGCCCUUCGAAAACUUCCUUACAUGCGCCAUCCAUGGGAACAUUUGUUGGGUAUGGGACUUGGUGUGGUGGCUGCCAAUCAGAUGGUGAAAUGGGAAGCUAAGAGCAAUGAAGAUCUCGACAAAUUGCUUGAGAAAUCUAGGCUAGCUAAUGAACGCCGUUACUUUGAUGAAGAUGAAGAUUAAUACUAUGGAUGGUUUCCAGAGAGUAUGUUGUGAUAGCGGCUGCAAUGAGUCAAAUUGUUUGCUUAAGCAGUUUUUUCCCCUUUUAUAAGAUUUGCAGUACAUUGAUCUUUUGUAUCGGUGAAGAACACUUUGCAAUAAUCAUAUUUUGAAUGUCUUGCAAAAUGUGUUUUACCUAAUAAUGAGAUCAUCCAUAGUCUCCUACAGUCAGUCCUAUGACUGUUUUGGAUCAUUUUAUAUGUUAUGAACCUCAACUUUUUAACAUUAAAAAAACAGAACUAUGGUGUUUCCUUUA